GGUUGAGUCUUAGUCGGAGGAAGAGCAAUACCUCAAACAGGAGGUGGAGUUCGUUGUGCUUCAACUCCGCGGGACCAGACAUCUACCACGAUGUUAACCCAGAGCUGAAACUACAAAUUUACUUGAUCUGAUACAUGACAGCUCACAACAGUCAUGGAGCUCCACAAAUCUGUGACCUUGUGGAUAUUUUGUUUGUGCCUCGUUGGAGAGAGUACGACGGAGAAACAAGGUCCAGCCGCAUCAGAGAGUCAGACUGUUGAAAACAGCGUGUCAGAUUUUUGUCGCAUCGAUGAACCACUCUGCAAGGACGAGAACGCCAUUCUCAGCUUUGAGGCUAUCCGCAGCAUCCACAAGCGGAUGGACGAUGACGAAAAUGGCAACGUAGACGUUUUAGAGACCGACGGGUUCCUCAGAGAGGACCUUAAGUAUCAUGACCCCAAAGCCAAGCACAGCAGUUUCCAUGGCGAUGACCAGUUCAUCAGUGUGGAGGACUUGUGGAACGCAUGGAAGGGUUCAGAAGUGUUUAACUGGACAGUGGACGAGGUGGUUACGUGGCUCAUCACCUAUGUUGAGCUUCCACAAUAUGUGGAUGCAUUUCGCAAGAUGAAUUUCAAUGGAAGUGCAUUGCCGAGGCUUGCUUUAAAGAACACCACUUUGACGCUCUCUAUUCUGAAGAUUUUGGAUCGCAGCCAUGUGCAGAAGUUACAGCUCAAGUCUAUGGACACGGUGCUUUUUGGAGCACCCCUGAUGAAUAGACAUAACCACUUGAAGGACUUCAUGCUGGUUGUGUCCAUAGUCAUCGGGAUGGGUGGCUGCUGGUUCGCCUACAUACAGAACCGCUACUCAAAGGACCACAUGAAGAAGAUGAUGAAGGACCUGGAGGGACUGCAGAGAGCAGAGCAGAGUCUGCAUGACCUACAACAGAAGCUGCAGAUUGCCCAGGAGGAACACCGCACAGUCGAGGUAGAGAAGGUAAACCUGGAGCAGAAGCUGAGGGACGAGAUAAAUGCCGCUAAGCAAGAAGCCCAACGUCUGCGGGACCUCCGUGAAGGCACAGAGAAUGAACUCAGUCGUCAAAAGUACGCAGAAGAGGAGCUGGAACAGGUGCGCAUGGCUCUGAAGAAAGCGGAGAAGGAGCUGGAGUCACGCAGUGGCUGGUCACCGCCAGAGUCUCUGCAGAAGUGGCUGCAGCUCACCCAUGAGGUGGAGGUGCAGUACUACAACAUCAAGAAGCAAAAUGCUGAACGACAGCUCCUCAUGGCCAAAGAAGGGGCAGAGAAGAUAAAGAAAAAGAGGAAUACUCUGUUUGGGACUUUCCAUGUGGCGCACAGCUCUUCCCUGGACGACGUGGACCACAAAAUACUAGCAGCAAAACAAGCCCUGGGCGAGGUGACGGCUGCUCUGCGGGAGAGGCUGCAUCGCUGGCAGCAGAUAGAGAUCCUGACGGGUUUUACCAUCGUCAACAACCCGGGCCUGCCGUCCCUGGCCUCCGCCCUCAACCUGGAUCCCAGCUUCAUGGGCGGCAGAGCCACGCCGCAGCACUUUGUCAUGUCUGACGACAUGGACGACUUGGAUGAGGGCAUUUUGCCUGCCAGUCUGCAAUAUGGCAUUCCACAGCUGGAGCGACGAGCCAGUGACCUGUGGUCCAUUUCUUCAGACUGCCAGCCCAUGUGGAAAUACCCUGCUCCCAGUAUGAUGUCCCUGCGCCAACGCCACAUUGACCCCCAGUUGGCCAUGGGCUCCCAGAGGUUGGUUGAGACUUCCCUGCUUGCUGGGCAGCAGGGCGAGGGUAUUUCCUACCCGUCCAGGCCCAAGGCCACCUUCAGGCAGUCGCGCAGCCAUUCAUUCGGACAGCUGGAUUGUCUUCCUCUUCCCCCUCUUUCCUCAGCCGUUUCCCACCCUUCCGUCAUCUGCACCUCCAACCCAAAGCCUCCGUCCGUGCCGCCCCUCUCGUUCUCCUCCUCCUGCCUGCCCAGCUCCGUAGCUGGUGGAGCUCAUUCCUCCCAUUCAUACCAUGCCUCUUUCCAGCCCAUGGACCCCAUUUUUGAUUUGUCCUUCUCAGACGUCUCUAAAGUUCCUUCUCAGUGCAGCGACGGUUUCGGGGACCUAAAUCGCUCCGACUCCGACUCCUCACUGUCUCUCUCCCAAGUUGGUGACCGGCUGUCUGCCUACAGCUCCAAAGGCCACCUGGUCAAACCCAGCUCUUUCAUUUACGGGCUGCCCUGCCGGUCAGAAGACGCCGUCUCACUGUACGCCCAGACCCCCAACGGAGGGAACCGCUUUUACGAGGGGGGACCCCCGGAGCCCGUCUCCGACAGCCCCAUCCUCAUGAAGGAGAUCUACGGCAUGGAGAAGUCUCCCAGCAUGGGCGAGAUCAACAGCCUGUCAGAGUCGUCCAGAUCCUUCAGUCCAAACUCCACCGAGCCAGAAACGCCGUCGCCCACAGGGGCGGCCGGGGCCAAAGGCAGCAGCCGCAUCCCACAGCUGUCCUCCAAGAAGAGCCCUCUGGAGGAAGACAGCGGCUCAACGGGAGAAGACACGGAUUCAACCGCCAGCCGCAAGAAACACACCUUCAAGAUCUUCAAGAAACAAAAAAAAUAGGACUCCACGUGAACUCAAGGCUAUCGAAGCUGUUCGACUAUAUUCCUCUGUCUGGUCUGCUGUUGUUUUUGUUGGUUUUUUCCUUUAGUUUCGGGGGUUCAUUUGUGGUCGAAUGAUGGCAUAUUUUGUUGCCAUCGCAUCUUUUUGUAGGUCCCAACACCUACCGUGAGAAUCUGGGAGCAACCAGCCGUUUGACUCUUUCUGCUUUUUCGGUCAAUGUUAAAUAGUCUGUGAGUGGGGAGGUUUGUAUAUCGGAAUGUUAAGUAUUAUUUAUCCCUGCAGGAAAUUGUGCCGUCUGAUUGGAAAAUUCCUCUCGGUUUUUCUUUCUCGUUCGACAAUCUAUGACAUUUUGCAUGUCCUCUCUUUUAUUUUGACUGAUACUCGAAUGCUCUCAGUGUUUGCUUGGUUCUUGUUGCUUAUCUGCUUAGAAAACACUUGUCGUUACUUUGAUCACUAAAUAACCACCUAUCCUACAAACCCAAAGUGAAUGCGCACUUCUUUUUUUUU